UGCUACAUGAAACAGAGAGAUUUGAAGUUCGACUACCAGCUGACAGAGACAGACAAGAGACAUGAGGGGAGAUAGUGAUGAGCAUUAAGGAGACUUUACUUCUCUGAGGCCCUCAGGCUCCAAGGGGACGAGAACUAAGUGAACGAAGGGGCCCCGUAACUUUAGAUAGUGACGGAAAGAUAGUCAUGAGAAAUUAACAAAAGAUUUUUUAAAACCCUGCUAAAUUUAACUUUUUACAAAUUAUUUUCAUUUUAUUUUCCUGCUCUCUAUCAAAGAGCUUGAUGGCUGUUACUCAGGCUGCGCUUCCUUCCUUCAGCUCGUUCUCCAGCCUUCCUCACGCCACUGACACGAUGAAAGUGUGGAAGUCCAGCGAUGAAUCUCUCCCUCUGGACUCUCCGAUCAACAAACUGUCACCGAGCAGCUCUGAGCAGGUCCACAUCAGCCAGCAAAUGACAGAGGAGCUCCUGGAUGAUGAGAGCCAGACAUCCUGGGACAUUGAGUUCCUGCUGUCUGAGUGGAGCAGCCAUUCUCCUGAUCUCAACCCUCCUAUAGAUGGUCAACAACUUGUUCAGCCCGACCUAAACUUGCCGUACCAGGAGGUGGGUGUGUUCAAGGAGCAGACAGGGCAGGAGAGUCUCCAGAUGAGCAGUGUUGGCCUCAUGGCUGAGCUAGUGUCUCCUGCUGAGACCACAUCAGUGCAGCCGGAGAUCUACCACCAUGAUUACGCCAGUGACCAGCCAGGUCGGGGUAUGUUUCCUAAUGUACAGAACAUUAACCAGUUUGAGGUCCCUCAAGGAGGCAGUGUAGACAGACACAGCAGAGGAAGUCACAAUAAGUUAACUUCCUGGGACUUUAACCAUUACUACACCCAGCAACACCACCCAAUGUUCAACAUCCCAGACAGCAGGUUCAUUCAGCCACAGGUGGUGACCCCCGACCUUCGACAUUACGGCUACAUGCCCCACUUCAAUCUCAACAACUCCAGCCUUUACAGUGAAUACUCCCACCCCCAUGGCCAAGCCACUGUUCAUUUGCCCCAUCACCAGCAGCCCAUGCUAGUCAGGCCACAUUUGCCCCCUGGUGGAGUGGAAGGGAAACGGGGCAGGAGACCCACCGGGAAAAAAAGGCCCGCCAUCCACAGUUGUGAGUACCCGGGCUGCACCAAGACCUACACCAAGAGCUCACACCUCAAAGCCCACCUCCGGACCCACACAGGAGAGAAGCCUUACCGCUGUUCGUGGGAAGGCUGCAGCUGGAAAUUCGCCCGCUCUGAUGAACUGACGCGUCACUACCGGAAGCACACGGGUCAGAAACCUUAUCAGUGUAUGCUGUGUCAGAGGGCUUUCUCCCGCUCAGACCACCUGGCUUUGCACAUGAAGAGACACACCUGACUAAUUAAAACCUCAGGUCUUUUUACUGAUAACCACUGUUUAAACAGCCGUGUCAGGUAAUUACUACCUUAACAUAUAACAUAUUUUUUUGUUGUUUUUGCUUUGUACCACACAUGUUCUGACUUUAAGGACCUUCAACAACUCUCCUGUCCUGCUGAAUGAACAGUAGCUCUACAUGUAUGACCCCAAUCAUUAGUCCUAAGUGAAAACAAAAAAACAAACAAAAACAAAGCAGGAUUUGCUUUUCAGCCACGUGAAAAACAGAAAACUGGGUACUUUUAAACCCUCAAAAACCAACAGGAGGACCAGUGAAACCCUGUUAAACCAACACUGUAUAUACUAUGGGCAUGUAGAUAGCUAAACACUAACAAACCAUCAGCAAAACAGAAGUGUGGAACUUGGGUUGUAAAGCAGUACAUCCACUAAGCAAAGUAAUCAGUAAAGAAAAAGAGUUGAUAUCUUUUGAACUGUUAUUCAGUUGUAAAAUGUAUGUUAUGCAAAAGCACCACAAACUGCUGUUGAUAGUUUAAAUGAAUUAUAGGUUAAGAAUGACACCAUUUCUGCUUGUUUCUUUCUAUUAUAAAGCUGUAAAUAUUUGAUACUCUCAGCUCCUUACUACCAACUAAUAGUGAAUAUGAUAUAUAUAUUUAUGAUCUUUUUUAUGGACAGAAGGUACUAUGUUAUUGGAAAACGUUAUUUUUGUUUUCAAAAGGAAGUUUUAAAGUUGUAUAUGUAUUGUUUAUAUUGUAAUAAAUCAAGAAAUAAAUGCUCAUAAUGCUACA